AUGGAUAACGAUAAACAAACAUUAACUUUUAAUCAACCACUGAAAGAUGAAACAAUCAAAUUACAAAACGAUAGAUCAAUAACUCGGAUUGAACAUUUAUCUACAGAAUUGUUUGUUACAAUAUUUGGCUAUCUUAAUUGUUAUGAUAUCUAUGAAGCAUUUUCAAAUCUUAAUUAUCGUUUUCAACGACUUCUCAAUUCUUCAUUUUAUUUUUAUGAAAUUGAUUUAAAUCAAUUUGUUCCAACACGUAAUAAAUUAACUGCUUUACCUUGUCUUUUCUUCUUAUCUAUUAUAAUAGAUGAUACAGAUGAAAACGUCGGUGAAAUUUAUCAAUUAAUACUUGUUUUACCUAAAUUAAAAUCAAUUAGUCUUACCAUUAAUUCAAUCGAUAGUCAAAUCAAUCUUUUGACGUAUACCAAAAAACGACAAAGUACUAUUGAAUAUCUUUCUAUUAAUUCUCGAAUAACUAUUGGCCAAAUUUUUGAUAUCCUUGCUUAUACGCCUCAAAUUCAUCAUAUGCAUGUGCGUCAAACAGAAAUGUACAGUCGACGCAUCCAUCUUGAAUCCCCAAUCAAAUUAACAAAUUUAACACAUAUUUCGAUACAUAAAUUUGAUGGAAAUUUGAAUCAGUUUGAAACAUUUCUUAGCCAAAUAUAUUGUAAAUUAAAAUAUUUACAUAUUACUCUUACGUAUGGCGAAAGCACCUUUUUGAAUGGUCAUCACGGGGAAUGGUUAAUUUUACAAUAUUUACCUGAAUUGAAAAAACAUCAUUUAGAAUUUAGUAAUUAUUUCUAUGAAGCGCCUGAAUACUCUGUAGACUCUGUACCAUCGAAUCCAUUGAAUACACCGUUUUGGAUUAAACGACAAGAUAUAUUUGAGAUCCAAAACUAUAACUCGAGUGUGGGUGUGGGUAGGUGUUGGUGUGGAUGUGGGUGUGGGUGUGGGGUGUAGGUGUGGAUGUGGGUGUGGAUGUGGAGUGUUGGGGUGUGGGUGGGUGUGGGUGGGUCUGGGAUGUGAGUGUGGGUGUUGGUGUGGGAGUUUGUACCGAUAUAACAUUCUAUUCACUUACACCUACACCCACACCCACACCAACACACUCCGAAUUUAAUCAAUUAUACUGGUCAGUUUUGGUACAUGUCACUGUUAAUAGCAUAUUAGUAUGAUUUUGCAUUUUCCAUUACAAAGAGUUGACUGCUUUUAUUUUUGAUCCAAUAAAAUCAAGCCUAUGAAAUGUAUGCAUCUAAAUUUGACACUUGUAAGAUGCACGUAACGCAAACUUCGAGUGAAUUUUUUUUUUGACUUUAUCAUACAUAUUCUUGUUCAGCGUACGGAGCUGAUCUCGAAUAUCACUUUCCCAGCCUCAGAAGACCUUCUUUUGCUGAGAAAACGUCAAAAUACUGAAAAGGUCUAAAAAAACGACUUUUUUGUUAAUUUUCCAAAAACCCUCGCCGUUUCGUGAGUUUUUAUCCUAGAGAAUCGAGCUUGGUUUUAUUCAAUUCCCCGUUCAAAACUGAUCUUAGCCAAGCUGUUUUC